GGUGGACGAAGCUGGCCUCAUCGAUGCCCGGACGGUCGAACGUGCUGGCGAUCGCGUCCGCGAGCACGCAGUACCUCGCGCGGCUGGCAACGCUCUCGGAGGAGCACCACUUGGCGGUCGUCCUGCUGCACCACGGGGGGCUCCACCACGUGCGCACGGAGAUGCGGCACGGCGACUACGGCAGGUGGGCGACUGCCAACGUCGAUCUGCUCAUGCGGCUGAUCGAGGGGCACGAGCCCGAGCGCGAAGCGGCACAGUGGCGAUGCGAGCUGGGGCGUGACGCGAGGCAAGGAGGACGCGAUGUGGGAUGUACGGAGCUGCGCAGUGGGUUGGGCAGUGGAUUGAAGGUCUUGUCGGCGUGCAAAAAGGUCGAACCGCGGAUGACUACCGUGUGCAGUACGCUGGCCGCCGGCAGCAUCGCGGGUGUUGACCCGGAGGUGUGGGAGAGGCGGUCGAGGCGGCCCAGAGGGAGCCUAGCCGCGUUUUGGGCGCUCGUGCUGAGGCGGCUCGUCCUGCGCUCGCGGCGGCUACGGAAUCGACUGAACUGGGGCCGCCCGCUCACGACGUGCGAAGAGACUGGCCUGCAGACCGCGGAUGCGUCACCCGGGCCGAUCCCCAACGCGUACAUCAACGCGAGUCUGCAGGGGCCAAUUAUCCGUGGGCACUUGCGAGCGGGCGACGUAGGCGAGGUCAGAGAAUGGGGGUAUAUGGCGUGGCCAGCAUACUAG